GAUGUGGAAAGUAGAGUAUCCGUUCUCAUCUGACAGUUCGCGUUGGUUGGCUGGGAUGGCCGGGGAAAGAAGAACGGAAUAGGACUGGAGUAGUUCCACUGGCAUGAAAUUCCAGCACGUGUGACUCCACGAUGCGUUGUGCAGAUAAUGUCUAUCUCUGCCAUCUGCCGCUGCUUUUUAAUUCAGAAAUGUCUAGUGUAGCGGUUUCUUGCUUUACUUCGAGAUCCGUGCGGUGAAAUGUUCAAACGGCUGAGAUAAGCAUUGUGUACAAAUCACGUUGCGGAAAUUUCCCGUUUGGAUUCCAACAGCCCGUGACGCUAGGUAAAGUACUCGUGUCGUGCGAUGAAGGUCCUUCCUCCCCCUGCAAAACCAGGUAGGUGUCGCUAACAGCCAAGGUUUUUUACCGCAACAGCAGCGGCCGUGCACGCGUCUUGGGGUUUCUUAGGCUAUGCUCUGCUCUCGCACGGUCGCAACCCGCAAACCGCAGCAGACGGGCCACCGCCCCUGUCUUUGGGAGCGAUGUGCAAGUCCAGGUCCAGCUCCGACGCGUUGCCCUCGCAGCGCGCCCCCUCUUCCUCCGCCAAGCGCCGCCUCGCCGCCGCCGCCGCGGCCUCCUCCUCUUCCCCAUCCACGUCCUACUCGGGGGGACCCUCCGGCGAAGGGACAGGCACAGCCAGCGCCCAGCACCGCGCCACCUCAUCGUCCUCCGCCUCCUCCGCGUCCUCCAGCCGUGCCUCCCUCGCUGCGGCGCGCGCCUCGCUCCCGGACCCGCCCAUCCUCUACCCGUUCCAGGAGCUCGCCGCCGCCACCAACAGCUUCCUCGCCAAGCGCGUCGGGAACUCCUCCUCCGCCUACUGGCGCUGCUCCCUCCGCGGCCGCGACGCCGCGUUGUUCCAGCUCCAGCUCCGUCCCGACGCCACCGGCGCCCUGGACGCCGCCGCGCUCGCCAGGAUCGGAAGGUACCACCACACCAGCCUCGCGCGGCUGCUCGGCGCGUGCCCCGCUGGCGCCCACGUCUACCUCGCCUACGAGCUCCCGCCCGGGGCCGCCACGCUUGCGGCGUGCCUCCGCGGCACGCGGAACCCCAGCUUUACGGCCCUCCACACGUGGGUCUCCCGCGUCCAGGUCGCCGCCGACGUCGCCCAGGGGCUCGAGUACGUCCACCACCACGCGGACGCCGUCCACGGCCGCGUUUCGCCCUCCGCCGUGUUCGUGUCCGACCCGGGCCUCCGCGCGCGGCUCACCCACUUCGGCGCGUCUAAAUUCGCCGCCGCCGCCGACACCCGAGAGACCGGAGACUCCCCCUACGCGGCCCCGGAUUCGAGUGAACCGUCCCGGGAGGCGGACGUGUACGCCUUCGGGGUGCUGCUGCUAGAGCUGCUCUCCGGGGAGGAGCCGACGAGGUACCGCUUUGACAGGGGCACCAAGGAGUUCCUGCGGGUGUCGAUCCUCGAGACGGCAGCAGCGGCGGUGGCGGGAGGCGCGGUGAGGAAUUGGGUGGACAGGAGGCUGGGAGACUCGUUCCCCGUGGCAGCCGCCGAGAGGCUUGUGGAGGUGGGGCUCCGGUGCGCGGCAGCGGAGGACCGGCCGGAGAUGACGUGGGUGGCGGGGAAGGUGUCCAAGGUGUACCUGGAGUCCCGGGCGUGGGAGCAGAAGCUCCGCGUGCCGACCGAGUUCUCCGUGUCGGUAGCGCCUCGGUGAACUGAAAAGCAACUCUAUGGAGUUUUUUUUUUUCUCUCACAAAGCUAGGCAUUGCCUCUGCCCUGUUUGGAUCAGAUUUGGGGUUGGGGACCCGGAUGGAAGGCUUCGGCCUACGGCUGCGUUCCCAUUUGUUUUGGCCCAGAAGCCUAGAACGCAUGUUGAGCAAUUGGGCUGGGCUGAUCCCGAAAGGGAAACUUUAGGUUUAUGCCAAGGAUCAAUUGUCGUUUCUGAUUUUGCCACUGAUUUUUCUAUUAUUAGGUUUGUGCCACUUAUUUGUAAAAAUUCUUCGAUUCAUACCACUAAUUGCUACGGUUAGACCGAUAAACCUCUUCA